UAUAAAACAGAUGCGCCAGAUGCAUCAAAAAGUCUAUGUAAGAAGGAUUUGGAGCGUGAGGAGUGCGAGGACACCGUACAGACAUGAAUAGAGUCACGAAAACCCAUAUGAACUCAGCUAUGUACUUCCCUAACAUGGGCAUAGCUCCUUUCUUCAAGGUCACGGUGUUUGAACAGGAACAUUUCCAGGGCAAGUUCCUGGAGUUCACCUGCGAGUGCUGCAACAUCCACGACUGCGGCCUGGACAACAUCCGCUCCAUCCGAGUGGAGAGUGGAGCCUGGGUUGGUUUCGAGCACCAUGACUUCCAGGGCCAGCAGUUCAUCCUGGAGCGAGGCGAGUACCCCAACUGGGAGUCCUUCAGCGGCUCCCUGUCGUACCACACAGAGCGCUUCAUGUCCUUGCGCCCCAUCUACUGUGCCUCUCACCACAGCAGCCGGAUGACGAUCUUUGAGAAGGAGAACUUCCUGGGUCGUAGCACCGAGCUCUGCGACGACUACCCGUCGCUGCAGGCCAUGGGCUGGUUCAGGCCUGAGGUGGAAUCCAUGCACGUGCAGUGUGGAGCCUUUGUGUGCUAUGAGUACCCGGGAUACAGAGGCCAGCAGUACAUCAUGGAGUGUGAGAGACACAGUGGAGACUACCAGCACUGGAGAACCUGGGGCUCCCACUGCCAGACCCCCAAGAUCCAGUCCAUCAGACGCAUCAGGCACUGAGAGACACCAGGUCGGGGACGGCAGCGUCAGCAGAGCCUGGAGCAGAGGACUCCAGUUGAAAGGCUGAAGUCUGACUGAGCUCGGGACGGCAUCAGUCAGGACCACAACUACAACACAGACGAUCAGUGACGUAGCAGCUACCUCUUCCUCCAGCUCAUGAUCCCAUAUCUGUUAAUACUUGAUCUUUUUUGUUAAGUACAAGUCAAAUAAAGUUCAGUAUUCAGAC